GUCAUCCGGAGAAAUCGUAAUCCUUCGACUUUUCGCGAACGCCACGAUCUUCUACGGGUCUACGUUUUACUCGUGAGAACAGAAAAUGUGCCGAAUCGUGUGUGCUCGAUAGAGAACGUGUACGAUAAAUGAAGUAACGAGAGAAAAAAGGGGGUGAAAUAAUAUUAUUCGGCGUGGCCACGUUGAUUUUUCAGUUUUCACCGAUCCGUCCGGAUCAUCGAUCCCAAAGGCCGUGGCGCAAACCGUGGCGGCCGUUAGUUUUUCGUAAUCGCAUGAAUCUUCGUAUGGCGCGACGCCACUGCCUCUCCUCCCGUUCCGCCGCAGGAUGUUGGAAAAAUUGAAAAUUAUGCAAACAUAAUUUCCAUCGUGGCGCUCGGUUUUGCAUCCACGCUCGCGCCACAGGCGUGCAACCCGUGUAUGCGUCGCCCCGCAAAGUUCAUUGUCAUCGGACCGACGUGGUUUCGAAAGAGGUAGAAAUAAAAUCGAGGACACGGCGGAUCGGUGCGCGAUAGAAGGGGAGAAGAGCGGGGGGAGGAAGAUGAUCGGUGAAGAUGAUAUUAAGGCAGAGGACUGAUUGAAACGUGGGAAAUGGCGAUUGUCGGGGCUAUUAGUGAGAUGAGUGCGACUCGUUUGAGUGUAUGGUUCGCCGCUGUUCUGUUCGUGGCUACGACUCUCGUCGAUUCCCAGGUCACAUGGACGCCGAUCUACGUGGGCACCUACAGUCAAGUGGACCUCUGGACGCAAACGACGAACGGGUGCGCGUGCAGUUUUAAUUCGUCCAGCAACGAAUGCGCGUGCUGCGUCCCAUCCGGAGGAUGCAGUUGCGGGGCAGCGUCGCCGGACAGAUGUGCUCAGUGCGGGUUGGAGCAAUACUGCGCCAACAUGUGCAACAUAACGCUGGACAGCAGACAGUUGUUCAGCAAAUCGGAUCGCGGAUUUGGCCAAAUAAAGUCGCCAUCCCUUGAAGGGCCAUCGAGGUGUACCUACAGAUUUGUCCCGGACACAGGCCAAAGAGUCGAGUUGCAGAUCUAUCGAUUGAUCUCUAUAGGACGACACAACGGUACCGCAUGCGAGGGUGGUUGGCUGCAGCUCGAAGGCGGUGGACGAGUUUGCGGCCCCAACGAACGCUUCGAUCGACCUGUCGUGCUGUUCUCCGACAAAUCAAUCCCGAUACUCCACAUGCAGAUAAACGAGAGCACGACGAGGUCCCAAUUCCUCGCGUAUUUCAGUUUCUCGUCCAAGGCGAGCGUGUCGGUUGGUUGGCCCGUAAAAGGCGGAGAACCGAAGAACAACACCGAAUGCGACUGGGUUUACAAGGACACCGAUUGCCUGGAUGGAUGCGUGUUGGCCAGCCCCGGAUAUCCUGGCCUAUAUCCACCCAACAUUCGGUGCCUCUACUCGAUUACUUCCGGUCCCCGGAUGUCCAUCGCGAUUAACUUCACCGCUGUGCUUCUGCCCGAGAAGCACUGCACGAGCGACUACAUAGCCGUAUACUCGGGUUCAACAACGUCGAGUCCCCUUCUGAAGAUGCUCUGCUUCAAGAACAAAACGUCGUUGACGUACAGCGGCCGGAAACUGUUGGUCGAGUUCAGAACGGGGCCGGAAGUGCCGCCUUUCGAUUACAACGGCUUCGUAGCGACCCUUAAUUUUAUAGAAAUCACUACGGAAGCACCGACAACUGUUACCACGGAUAGCACGAAUAAAAGUGUGGACACGACGAAACCGGUCAACGGUGGUGGUGGUGGUGGUGGUUACAACAACGUGAUGUACAGCAAUCGCGAUCUCCAGGAUCAUCGUAAAGAUCAAGGCUCGAUAUCCGGAAGCUGUGACCUCGAGGUGAACGGCGAGAAAGUGAGGGCUGGCCACCACGACACCAGGGGGAAACUCAAGUCCACCACGUGCAAGCUCGUGCUUCGUGGACGUGCUUACGACACUGGACACGUCUCGUUGACCAGUUACAAUCUCAGCGCCCAGGCUUGCCAAUCUUCGAUCGAAAUAUUCGACGGCCCCUCCGAAGGUAGCGCGAAAUCCCUCGAGAGAAUCUGCAGUCCUGUACAGCGGCCUCCGCCGGAAUUCGUGCAACAAGAUACAUACAUCGAGCCGAAAAGGUACUCGUCUAAUGGGAGAGAUAUGACGGUCGUACUGAAACGAGCAACGAACAGCCCCACCGACGAGGAAUACAUGGACGUCUCUUAUUACUUCCACGAUGAACGCGAGGGUGGCACUCAACAGCCGGCCAGCGUGUGCGACGUCGAAUAUUACGGACUCACGUCACCGGUGAAAGGUUCCGUGGUACAUCCGGAUCCUUACCGGUUAUUCGCCAUGGAGAGGCCAAUAAAAUGCAGGCAGCACUUCAUCCCAGCGGCUAAUCAGUCGGUCAUCAUACGCGUGGAGAGCAGCUUGAAGCAGAGUCCGGACAGCCCUUGCAAAACCAAAUGCGGAGAUAGCGGCUGUCAGUGCGUGAGCAACAAGACCCUGGAGAACAUGGACCACCUUCUCCUCGUCUCUGAAACCGGUCACAUCGUCACUUGUCUUUGUGGAAAUUAUCAGGACUGGCUCCCUGUCGGUAUCCGUAGCUGGAUGCCAGUGUACAUCGAAUGGUCGAGGUCCUCGAAGGCAGGCCUCAAUUUCCGCGCGGCUUACGAGUUUAUCAAGGACACUUACUGCGGUUAUCACACAACGACAAAGCCGGAAGGCGAGGUGAAUGGCGGCGACUUGGCCAGCAGCGGCUUAAAGCUCAAUCAGUAUUAUCAACAGAAAUGCACGUGGAUCCUCAACUCCGUGACGGAUCGACAGCUCACCAUCGAAGUUAGAUCAACUCAGAACCGUCCCUGCACCGCGUGGAAUUUGACGAUACACGAGUACAGCAAGAACGGAGACCCGGCCGGGCCAAGAUUGCACACAUUUUGCUCGAGAGACACGUACAAAAAUUUCACCCUACCAUGGAAGACGAACACCGUGGUGGUUAGAUUGCAAGCGCUAGGAAGGACAGCGCCGGAAUACACGAUGAAAUGGCGGAGCGAGUCUGUAAUCGCAAACACGCACAAGAGCGGGCCAUCGCCAGCACCGAAUCACGUGAUAAACUCCUCGACUGGAAACGGACUGCUAGAAACGCGAAUCCUAAUUCUGUUCGCUAUACUACUCGCUUACGUGGCCGGUUGUUGAGUCUACUCGACACACCGUGUCCCAUACACGUUCCUGUUCACAAUCAGAGACAAACUGUUGCGAACGAGCCUAAGAUUUGUACUAUUGUACCACACCGUGUGUGAACGAACUUGAAAUUUAAUAUUAUCGUAAUGACUACGAUCGUGUUUCCCGAAAGUUCUUUCAGCGGUUCAGUUUUCUC